UCCAGUGAGCCAGCUUGUGACAAGCCUUAGCCCGUCGCCCGUGAGCCGUCCCCGCCUGCCUGGCCCUUUAAAAGCCGCCGGGCUCAGCUGGCAGGGCUCAGACACGACUCUGGCAGCACCAUGAAGGCAGGUGGCCUCCUCCUCCUCUUCCUCUCCGUGACCCUGCUGGCCCUGGGGGCCCAUUGCAUGCCCACUUUGGAUGCCAAGGAAGAACAAGGCAAGUACGGCUACUGCUACAACAUGCCACCCAUGGCGAAUAUCUUCGAAGAGAGGAACUGUAGCGCCUGCCUCCAAAACAAUUCCUGCUCCACCUGUGCCAAUGACUCCCAGUGUCCGGGCACCCAGAAGUGCUGCCCAGGGGACUGUGGCUACGUCUGCCAGGAAGCCAUCAUUGACUUUUGCCGCCUGCCCUCGGUCUGCGGAAACUGCAAGGCGAUGUUUGCCCGCUACUUCUACAACGCCUCCACCCAGAAAUGUGAGCAGUUCGUCUACGGCGGCUGCGGUGGGAACAAGAACAAUUUCGACACGGUAGAUGACUGCAUCCGGACCUGUGGGAAGUCCCGGACAGCCUAGUCUGAGAAAGCCAUCGGGGCAGACCUGCCCCCUCUCUGCGAGAUCUGACUCUGUCCUCCUCUCAGCAGGCAGCUGCUCCUUCUUUCCUGGCCUGGUGGAGAAGGGGCUCAGAGACCCCUGACAUCUUUGACUCUGUCUCAGAAAAUGGGGCGAGGGGAGCAAGCGAUCCUGGGUGCGUGCUCUGCUCUGCCUGCCCUCCAGCCUGCCAGCUCCUUGACUGUGGUUUCCUGGGAAUGCCUCACCCUCUGCAACGCGUCCGACAUGUUUCUGCAUGAAAGCAAUAUCUGUGUCGAAAGCCUGUGUCACAAUCGAUACUUAACCCCAGUCUGACACUUCCCUGCUGUUUCCUGUUUCCAGAGUGAUGGUCCUGGCAAGGGAGACCAAGAACUUGGGCUUCGGGCCUCUUUGUCCACAAAGUCCCUUUCAUUGAUCCCGUGGAGAAGUUUAGGAGUCUCCUAGAAUCAUAGAAUUGUGGAGUUGGAAGGGACUUCCAAGGGUCCUCUAGUCCAACCUCCUGCACUGCAGAAUCCCUGACAGGUGGCCAUCAAACCUCUGCUGAUAAACCUCCAAGGAAGGAGAGUCCACCACCUUCUGAGGCGGAUCAUUUCACCCAAGGAGCGCUGCUGGGUGACAUGCCGAUGUGGCCGGCCCCUCUCACCGUUUCUGUUGCUCCCCCUCCCCCCUGCAGCUGUCUCUGACCUCUGCGACUACCUGAGUGGCGGGAGAUGCACUGGUUUGCACCGGAAGGGGAGGAGGGCUUGGCUAGGAAAUAUGGCUGCACUCCCCACCCCACCCCAAGGAAACAAAAACUGCAUUUGUCCAAACAAAGCUCAUAGCAGGUCCUCCUCCCCAUUUGGAAACUGAGCCAUGCAAGACAGGUGCCCCCUGAGAAAAAGAUGUCACCUUAUGUCCAAGGUACAGAAAAAAGUAGAUAUCGGCAGCUGCCUCCUGAGUGUUAAGUUCCUAGAAUCCAAGAACAGUAGAGUUGGAAGGGACCCCAAGGGUCAUGGGCAUAGCUAGGAUCUUUGCUGGGGUGUGGGUGGGGCAGCAGAACCUCAGUUAGCUAUGUAUUUUUUAAUUUUUUAAUUGAUUUAGGGGGGCAGCUGCCCUCCUGGCCACGCCCAUGCCAAGGGUCAUCUAGUCUCUCUGUUGAUGAGUUGGUGCUUUAUAAAUACUCAAAUAAAGAAAUAAAGAAACGAA